AUGACGCUUGAAGCGUUUGAAAUCCUAUUUCCAACUCUGUUCAAGUACUCAUUCCUGACAAUGAUCAUCCCUUAUGCUCCUUUGGCUCCCUUGUUGCUUCUGAGUUCAGCCUCUGCUAGCCAUUGGGCUUGUUACAAAAAAAGGAUGUCAGGUCUUGGUUGGAAUGUUGAUGCUGUUAUUGCAGACCCAAAUGGCAUUCUUAUUGCAAAAACCAGCUGGCACAAUGACUUUGCCGACGUUUACACAAAAACGAAUCACAGAGGGAGAAUGGACAUUAGAAAAGACUUUAGAAGUUGGUCUUUUGCUAUGGAUGGUAAUGAUUAUGGGACCUUCUAUGCUAAUGAAGUGAGCAACCUUCAUAACGGCGUUGACAAGAUUGCUUUUGGAUGUUAUGACACCAGUGGAACAGAUUACUGCACCCAAUAUGCCUCCAUCAAGGAAUUGUGUUAUUAUACUUGGUCAAUUGACUUUGCAAGGACGCAGAAGGCCCUCAAGGCUCUAGGAUGCUCGAUGGGAAGUCGUGCAAACACAUAA